AGGGAGAGUAGCAAAGGGUUAAAAUCCUUUUGAUUGACGUUGUAGCCUCCGGUGCCCUGGGCUCAGGCGCGCGCCAUUGGCCGCCAGACCUUGUGCCUGGCGGCCAAUGGGGGGGCGCGGUCCACGAGCGGUGCCGCGUGUCUCCUCCUCCCAUUGGCUGAAAGUUACUGUGGGAAAGAAAGUUUGGGAAGUUUCACACGAGCCGUUCGCGUGCAGUCCCAGAUAUAUAUAGAGGCCGCCAGGGCCUGGGGAUCACACAGGAUCCGGAGCUGGUGCUGAUAACAGUGGAAUCCCCCGUCUACCUCUCUCCUUGGUCCUGGAACAGCGCUACUGAUCACCAAGUAGCCACAAAAUAUUAUAAUAAGCCUUCAGCACUUGCUCAGUAGUUUUGUGAAAGUCUCAAGUAAAAGAGACACAAAGAAUUCUUUUUCGUGAAGAACUCCAAAAAUAAAAUUCUCUAGAGAUUUAAAAAAAAAAAAAAAAAAAAAAAAAGGAAAAUGCCAGCUGAUAUAAUGGAGAAAAAUUCCUCGUCCCCGGUGGCUGCUACCCCAGCCAGUGUCAACACGACACCGGAUAAACCAAAGACAGCAUCUGAGCACAGAAAGUCAUCAAAGCCUAUCAUGGAGAAAAGACGAAGAGCAAGAAUAAAUGAAAGUCUGAGCCAGCUGAAAACACUGAUUUUGGAUGCUCUUAAGAAAGAUAGCUCGCGGCAUUCCAAGCUGGAGAAGGCGGACAUUCUGGAAAUGACAGUGAAGCACCUCCGGAACCUGCAGCGGGCGCAGAUGACGGCUGCGCUGAGCACAGACCCAAGCGUGCUGGGGAAGUACCGCGCUGGCUUCAGCGAGUGCAUGAACGAGGUGACCCGCUUCCUGUCCACGUGCGAGGGCGUUAAUACCGAGGUGCGCACUCGGCUGCUCGGCCACCUGGCCAACUGCAUGACCCAGAUCAAUGCCAUGACCUACCCCGGGCAGCCGCACCCCGCCUUGCAGGCGCCGCCGCCGCCCCCACCAGGACCCGGCGGCCCCCAGCACGCGCCGUUCGCGCCGCCGCCGCCGCUCGUGCCCAUCCCCGGGGGCGCGGCGCCCCCUCCCGGCGGCGCACCCUGCAAGCUGGGCAGCCAGGCUGGAGAGGCAGCUAAGGUGUUUGGAGGCUUCCAGGUGGUACCGGCUCCCGAUGGCCAGUUUGCUUUCCUCAUUCCCAACGGGGCCUUCGCGCACAGCGGCCCUGUCAUCCCGGUCUACACCAGCAACAGCGGCACCUCCGUGGGCCCCAACGCAGUGUCACCUUCCAGCGGCCCCUCGCUUACGGCGGACUCCAUGUGGAGGCCGUGGCGGAACUGAGGGGGCUCAGGCCACCCCUCCUCCUAAACUCCCCAACCGACCUCUCUUCCCUCUGGACUGUAAACAGGAACUUGAAUACUGGGAGAGAAAAGGACUUUUUGAUUAAGUGGUUACUUUGUGUUUUUUUAAUUUCUAAAAAGUUACUUUUUGUAGAGAGAGCUGUAUUAAGUGACUGACCAUGCACUAUAUUUGUAUAUAUUUUAUAUGUUCAUAUUGGAUUGCGCCUUUGUAUAAAAGCUCAGAUGACAUUUCGUUUUUUACACGAGAUUUCUUUUUUAUGUGAUGCCAAAGAUGUUUGAAAAUGCUCUUAAAAUAUCUUCCUUUGGGGAAGUUUAUUUGAGAAAAUAUAAUAAAAGAAAAAAGUAAAGGCUU